GCGGGGUGCGCGGAGCAUGGCGGAAGCGGAAGGGAGUUCUCAGCUUCUCUUGCCGCUGCCACCUCCCCCUCCCGGGAUGGCGGAAGUGGGGGCGCCGACGGCGGCCGAGAGGGACAUGAAGCAGCACCACGGGGCCGGCGGCGUCACUAUGGACGUGGAGCGGAGCCGCUUCCCCUACUGCGUAGUGUGGACGCCCAUCCCGGUGCUCACGUGGUUUUUCCCCAUCAUCGGCCACAUGGGCAUCUGCACAUCCACAGGAGUCAUUCGGGACUUUGCUGGCCCCUAUUUUGUCUCAGAAGACAACAUGGCCUUCGGAAAACCUGCCAAAUUCUGGAAAUUGGACCCCGCACAGGUAUAUGCUAGUGGGCCCAACGCGUGGGACACAGCAGUUCAUGAUGCCUCUGAAGAGUACAAGCACCGCAUGCACAAUCUCUGCUGUGACAACUGCCACUCACAUGUGGCAUUGGCCCUGAACCUGAUGCGUUACAACAACAGCACCAACUGGAAUAUGGUGACACUCUGCUUCUUCUGCCUGCUUUAUGGGAAGUACGUCAGUGUCGGGGCCUUCGUGAAGACCUGGCUGCCCUUUGUCCUCCUCCUGGGCAUCAUCCUGACUGUCAGUCUCGUCUUCAACCUGCGGUGAUGGCUUUCAGGUGGCCCAAACUUUCCCAAGGAGGCCCUUGUACCACUUUUUGGUCCCAGAUUCUUUAUCCCCACCCUCAAAGGCAAGGUUGGCCUCCUGGUUGGAAGUAGAGUCAGGGCUUGGCAUAGAAGGUCUGAGGGUGUGAGGCAGGGCAUCUGCUUGUUGUGACUCACUGGCCAUUCAGAAGCUCCCUGUUUUCUCCCUGGGUGUAUGACCCCGCUCAUGGCGUCCUCCUUGUCCUCCCCCUAAGUUCUAAGGUCUUACCUCCCUUAGAGCUCAUCCUGCCACUGCCACUGGACUUCUGUCAUAUCCCAGGGUCCAGCGAGGACAAGGACCUGCUGGACACAGCAGUGCCGUGCUGCCUUCUGGCCCCAAGGUGGGGCAGGACAUUCUGAUAAGUCUGUGUACCAAACAACUUGGAGCCUUCUCUGCUGGCCUCGAAGGGAGCAGAGGGUCUGGCUGGGUUCCUCUCCCAGAGCUGCCAGAGCUGCACUAGCAUAAUGUGUCCCCUGCAGCCUGGGGCUUGGUGAAUGCAGUGUGCCCCCUGUAAAGCAGGGAGGGUGAACUCCACUGGCCCCAACCCAGGGAGUUCCUCAUGCUGAUAGUGGCACCCCUUAGAUCCAAAGUGUGAGUAAACCAUCAGAGUACCUAGUACCACCAUGGAGUGGAUGGUCUGUUUCAGGUUGUUAGAACGGGGCCUGUGUAGUCCACCUCGCCCCCUGCCUGGUGGGUUCCUUUGUGAGGGGCUCCCUGGCAGAAAAUAAAGAGUUUUGAAUCCAG